UACUUGUCUUGGUGUAAUUCGCUAAGCUUAUAAAUGAUGUUAGACGCAAUACAAAGUUUCAUAAUUCGAUUGGUACAAAAUCUCUCACACACUGUUCUUCUGGCUGCUGAUCCCACAGCAGCCAUGUCUGUGAAGAAAUCAGUGUCUCUGAAUGGUGGCAAUGCCAUUGCCAACCUUAAGGGCCAGAAAUACUCAAAACGUAGGCGUUUUGAUCGUCCUUUCUCCUCAGUUGAAUUGUCUAUAGAGCCAGGGAAGCAGCUGAAGGACAUGGAUUCCAACAAGUUGAAGGCUGAUAUCAAGAAGUGGGCUAAGGCUGUUGUUGCUUAUGCACGCCAAAUCAGUGGCAGUUUUGGAAAGUCUCGUGGCUAACUCACCAAUUCAACAUGAUGGAAUACCACUUUGUUGCACAAGGGCAAGAUCACAGACACUGGUUUUGGAUUUUGAUAAUGGAAGAAAUGUUGGUAAAGUGUGAAAAUGAGCUUUACAUUAAAUUGUUGUACAUAGAAAUUUGUGCAUUUAUGUUAAAGUGAUGAACGCAAGGGUGGAUCAAAUGCUUGUGUUUGGGAGGGUCUUGCAUCCAUUUGUGUUAUGAUACCUUUUGUAUUACUGUAAAUAUAAUCUGGAAUUAAGAAGUAAUAUUUUUCUCUGCAUUGAA